UCUCUUUGUUGAUCAAUGGAUUUCACUUGUGCUUUAAUUAUUUUGGAAAAAUUGUUUCUCAACAACAACUAUUAUGAUGAUGAUGAUGCAUAGACUUUAUUCGAUUGUAGUAUUGACACUAUCAUGUAUAGUUAUACUUGCUAUGGGAUCUCCCAUCAUGGGAAAACAAAGAUGGUAUCCUUCUUAUUCUACAUAUUCCAGUUAUCCUUCCUAUUCCUAUCCAGUAUAUCCUUCCUAUUCUUAUCCGGUGUAUCCAACUGUGCAGCCAUAUGUGUAUCCAACAGUACAGCCUUAUCCGACAGUUCAACCUUAUCCAACUUAUACGCCUUAUUAUUCCUCCAGUUAUUCUACUUAUACUCAAAACAGUGGAUUCUACUUCCCCAAUUAUUCGGGACCAGUCCAAAUCUAUCCUCUCUUCUCAUGAAUGAAUAACGAAGAAGAAAUCAAAAGUGGUUGAGUUUCUUUACAUUUUUUGAUCAUGUUGGGUUUUGUGAGUUGUUUCUCUUUUUUCGAUAAAGUUAGCUUGUUAAAUUUGUCGUACUUUUGGAUUGUUCAUCUGAAGAAUAAUAUGUCUUCACUGGACGCAUUGAUUAUCGAACUUUAUGAUAAACAGGUGAUCCAAGUGGGUUCUUUUCAACUCAAGUCUGGGAUCACUUCUCCCAUCUAUAUAGACUUACGUCUUACUAUCUCUUAUCCCUCUUUAUUACGUCAAGUAGUUUCCUGCUUGCAAGACGUUUGUCGGUCACUUUCGUACGAUAUUCUAUGCGGUGUUCCUUACACUGCUCUACCUUUUGCUACUCUAUUAAGUGUUGAAAGUGGAGUUCCCAUGGUGAUGAGAAGAAAGGAAAUAAAAGACUAUGGUACCAAGAAAGCUAUCGAAGGCGUCUUUCAACCUAAUCAAACUUGUCUGAUUAUAGAAGAUCUGGUUACUUCUGGUUCUAGUGUUUUAGAAACUUUGGAGCCGCUACUCAAAGAAAGUUUACGGGUAAAGGACGUGGUGGUUCUAUUGGAUAGAGAACAAGGCGGAAAAGAUAAUUUGGCAAAACACAACGUUCGACUUCAUUCUGUAUUGAAAAUGACAGAUAUUUUGGAAACUUUGAGACACUCAGGUCGGUUAUCAGUUGAACAAGUAACCGAGUUGUUUGAUUAUUUCCACUCAACCAAAGUAUCAUCGAGUCCUCUGAGUAACUCUAUUCAAAGUGGAUAUAAAGUGCAUCCUCUUUCCUUUGAACAACGUCUUUCAUUGAUUCGAAACAAAGUUGGCCGUCGGCUAUUGGAAAUUAUGUUAAAGAAGCAGUCGAACCUUGCAGUGGCAGCGGUAAGUUUUGUCAUUUUCAAUUCUAUCAAUCUCAUUCUUUAUGAGGAUGUAACAACCAGUGAAGAAUUAUUAUCCAUUGCCAAUGAAGUGGGUCCACAAAUAUGCAUUUUAAAGACACAUAUGGAUAUUAUUCAAGAUUGGACGGAAAGCGUAUCUGAAAAACUCGUUCAUUUAGCUAAGUUGCAUCACUUUUUGAUAUUUGAAGACAGAAAGUUUGCAGAUAUUGGCAAUACUGUGGAAUUACAGUUGACUGGAGGUAUAUUUCAUAUUGCACAGUGGGCAGACAUAGUGAAUGCUCAUAUCAUUGCUGGUCCUGGAACUAUUCAAGCGCUAAGUCGAUCUGCUGAACAUUGCGGUAUUUUGUUAUUAGCACAAAUGAGUAGCAAAGGGAACUUGGCAGUACAAGAAUAUACGCAAAAGGCAUUAGAAUUUGCUCAACAAUAUGAAGAUGCUGUUUUUGGUUUUAUAUCAUUGGGUUGUAUUGGAGAUCCAAACUUUCUUUAUUUUACUCCUGGAGUGAAGUUAGAAGGAGGAGGUGACUCUUUAGGUCAACAAUAUACGGAUCCUAAGACAGUUAUUGCUAUUCAAGGAAGCGAUGUAGCUAUUGUAGGGAGGGGAAUUAUUCAGUCUUCUAAUCGACGUGAAGCAGCAUCAACUUAUCGAAAAGCCUGUUGGGAUGCUUAUUUACAACGACUUGAAGAAUACGUUGAAUGAAAUAAAUAGAUCAAGUCCAAA